GUGCAAUUCAUUCUAGCUGUAUUCGUUAUUGUUGUUUCGAACAUAUGAGUGGCGCUAUUGUCGGUAAAUGGGAAAAUAGCUAUCACGUGCGAACAUAACUGUCAAAUUGGGAGGUUAGGUGUCAUUGUUUUGAUUUUGCAUGUGGUAGCCGACAUUAAAGGAAAAUCCGAGAAAAACGAAGACAAAAUGAAAUUUUCGUAUAAGUUUUCAAAUUUACUGGGAACGAUUUAUCGCAAAGGAAAUGUGAUAUUCUCAAAUGAUGGCAAUUCUAUCAUAAGUCCAGUGGGAAAUCGAAUUACAGUGUACGAUUUAAAAAACAACAAAUCGAAAACUCUCUCAUUGGAUAGCCGUUAUAAUUAUACUGCCAUUGCAAUUUCGCCAAAUGGAUGUUUAAUGAUAGCUCUUAAUGAAAAAGGAGAGGCACAAAUGAUCAGUAUGAUAUCACAAACCGUAAUUUAUACGCAUAAAUUUUCAGAAACAGUAAACUGUAUACGUUUUAGUCCGGAUGGUAAAUAUUUUGCCAUUUCUCGAUCACAUAUUGUAUCUGUUUAUAUUGUGCCUGGUGAAAUAUCGGGUGAUUAUGGAAAUUUUAAAGCAUAUCGACAUUUCCAUGGAGCCAAUGAUGAUGUUACAUGGAUAGACUGGUCUAGUGAUUCAAAAUUGUUGGCGAUUGGUGCACGUGAUAAUACAACAAAAUUGUGUGCUAUUGACUUUUUGCAAAAUUUCCGACCAUACCAAUUAGCAGGUCAUACAGAUGCAAUUGUUGGAUGUUUCUUUGAAGAAAAUAGUUUAGAUAUUAGCACAAUCAGCCGAAAUGGUCAGUUAUGCAUUUGGGAAUGUAAUUUACAAUUGGAAAAUUUAAAACCAUUCAAUAUCAAAGAAGAAAUGGCAGACGAUGAAACGACAGAAGAUGAAAUUGAUACAAAAAAAUCAUUGGAAGAACAAAAUGAUGAUGGUUCAAAUAUCGAACAAGAAGACCAAUUAAAUGAAGAUGAUCGUAUAGCGAUAACUGGUCGUGAUGAUCAAGGAAAAAUUGUUACUGAUGAAUCAGUAAAACCACAUCCAUUUAGUUAUACGCGACUGGCUCGACACUAUCUUCUUGAUGAUGUUCGCAAAACCGAUUCAAAUGCACAACUAACAGCCGCCAAUUAUCACCAGAAAACGAAAUUGCUAAUAACAGCUUAUUCGAACGGUUGUUUUUUUCUACACGAAAUGCCCGAUGUGAAUUUGAUUCACUCGCUAAGUAUUACCGAAUUUGCAAUUGAAACAGUCGUAUUUAACGUGACUGGUGAUUGGAUUGCAUUAGGUUCAUCAAAUCUCGGUCAAUUGCUAGUUUGGGAAUGGCAAAGUGAACAGUAUAUUAUGAAACAACAAGGUCAUUCAAGUGAAAUGAAUUGUGUUGCCUAUUCACCCGAUGGCCAAUAUCUUGUUACUGGUGGUGAAGAUGCCAAAGUAAAAGUGUGGAAUGUUAAUAAUGGAUUUUGUUUUGUCACAUUCAGUGAACAUUCGAGCGCAAUCACUGCUCUAGAAUUUAGCAAUAAUAAAAAGUUUUUAGUGAGUGCUUCACUCGAUGGUACAGUGCGCGCCUAUGAUUUAGUAAGAUAUCGUAAUUUUCGGACAUUUACAUCACCAAGACCAGUUCAAUUUUCGAGUUUAGCACUUGAUGCAUCCGGUGAAUUGGUUGUGGCUGGCGGAAGAGAUAUUUUCGAAAUCUAUUUGUGGUCAAUGAAAUUAGGUCGAUUAUUGGAAGUAUUGAGCGGACAUGAAGGACCUGUCGUUUCACUUACAUUCGCUCCGGUUGCAACAUCAUCAAUGUUGGUGUCUGGAUCAUGGGAUCAUACCAUUCGCAUUUGGAACUGUCUUGAAUCAUCCGGUGAUCACGAAACCAUUGAAAUUCAAUCGAAUGUUACUGCUGUUGCAUUUAAACCGGAUGGAGAAGAAGUUGCCGUUGCCGCGCUUAGUGGUAAUAUUAAUAUUUUUUAUUAUUGUACAAGUAUAAUUUUCCUAUUGGGUGUAUCGAUUAAUUUUUACCGCUGACUGUUAGAUUUCGCC